CGGUGCAGUUCAAUUCAAGACUUCAAAAGCACCUGCACGGAGAAACCGAGCGCGAUGCAAGAGACUGCUCGAGGAAAAAUUAAGGUGCAGCAGGAAAGCCAAGAGUCGUGGAGUCGAGCUGCAGUUUUUCGAUAACAGGAAAUCAUCGUUUAAAAAAGGCUCACUCGGAGGUGUACUCGAGGCAGCAGCGGGCAGAGCGCUGUGCUCGCGAAAAUAAUGUGAUGUAAUAAAAUAACAGCGAGCGCAGAGCAGAGCAGACUUGGGAAAGAAAGUGCAGAGACGGCUGGUGCGAGGGCGCGACCACUUGCAGCGCGGUGCCACUCACUCGCGCUCGGUCUCUCACUUUGGCUCCGGGCGAUACACCGCGAUAGUGGGCUGGGAGUAGGAGAAGGAGCGAGAAGACAGAAGACAGCCAUGACCCAUUAUUGGCAGCAGAGCCUCCUCCGAUGAGCAGCGCCGACUCGGAGCUGCUGGACGCCGCCGACUGCAUGGCCGAAUAGACCCUCACUCGGGCCACUCACGGGAUGGCGGCCAAAUGGCCGACUGCUGUGCUGCUCGUGCUGGCGGUGGCCGCCUCCGCUGCCGCCGCCGCCGCCACCGACCGCCCCCUCGACUCGUCGCAGCCGUGCGACGGCCUCUGCAGGUGCCGACCGGACACCAAGCAGGUCACGUGCCGCAUGGCCGGCCUCGACAGGGUGCCUUCGGUCACCAGCCGCGUGCCAGCCGUCCGAAAGCUGGACUUGACUGGGAACAACGUCACCUUCGUGGCCAAGGGGGACAUGGACGGCCUGGCUACCUUGGAAGAAUUGAAUCUCCGCAAAAACCACUUAUGGGGAAUUGAAGUGGGUGCUUUUGUUGGAUUGGAGAACUUGAAAAUUUUAGAUCUAGAUGAUAAUUAUUUGACGGAAAUUCCUCAAGCCGUGGUGGAGCUUCCAGUGUUAAAGCAUUUAUCCCUGUCUAACAAUAAGAUAAAAGUAAUCCAGCUCGGCACACUACAAAAAAUACCUCGACUUCUAGUGCUUGAGCUCAGAGGCAAUCCCAUGAACUAUCUUCACCCUGAUGCAUUUUCUGGACUUAUGUUCAUGAAAAAACUAAUACUGUCUGAUGCACGAAAUCUGACCACUUUUCCAAACUUGAACGGAACCAGCAGUUUAGAAACACUGACCAUCGAGAGAGCAUCUCUGCUAGACGUACCUUCUAACCUUUGUACCCUCGCUCCUAAGUUGAAAGCUUUGGAUCUGAGUACAAAUGAUUUGACCCAAAUUCCUCAACUCAGUGAGUGCAAAGAGCUCAGAAUUUUAGAGCUCUCUAAGAAUCAGAUUGAAAGCGUGGAAUCUCACCCAUUUUCUGCUCUUGUGCAACUGCACGAUUUACUCUUGGCUCACAACAAGAUCAAAUUUUUGCCCCAGGAUGCAUUUAAAGGACUAUCAAAACUGCAAGUUUUAGACCUUGAAGGAAACGGCAUCGAGAGCAUUCAUCCCGAAACAUUCAUUCCAUUAUCCAAUUUGGAGGAUCUGAACUUGGGCAUCAACAAAUUUGCACAUCUGCCCGAGCAAGGACUCAGCAACCUUCUGCACCUGAAAACCUUCAACAACCCGAAUCUCAGGGAGUUCCCAGGUCCCCAGCAUUUCCCACGCAUCUUAACCUUGGUGCUCUCGUACGCUUACCACUGCUGUGCAUUUCAACCCCCUGACGAAGAGGACCUCGACUCUCUGGACCAAAACAAAGUUGUUUUCGAUGACACAGUCAUCUUCCCUGGUUCCGGAUCCAAUUUUGACUUUGGCCUGUGGAAUUCUAGUGACUCCGAGCUCUGGCCCAAACUCAAAAAUCUCACCGACAAAUUCGGUCCUGAUAUUGCCAAAAUACUCGAGUCAUUUGGCCCCGAUGUAACAUACCCGAGCAACCUUCCAGCUUAUAUGGAAGAAUACUAUGAAGAGCAUGUUGGUGCCAAGAAACACGGUCGAGUUCAUUGUCUUCCAUUACCAGGGCCGUUUUUGCCCUGCCAUGAUUUAUUCGACUGGUGGACGCUGAGAUGCGGUGUGUGGAUAGUCUUUUUGCUCGCAAUGCUUGGCAACGGCACUGUAGUUUUUGUGCUCACAUUCUCCCGAAGCAAAAUGGACGUGCCAAGAUUUCUGGUCUGCAACCUGGCCAUGGCUGACUUUUUCAUGGGCCUUUAUCUUGGCUUUUUAGCAGUGGUAGAUGCUUCGACCCUAGGCGAAUUUCGCAAGUACGCAAUUCCGUGGCAAAUGUCUUUUGGGUGCCAACUGGCCGGCUUCCUUGGCGUGCUCAGCUGUGAGCUGUCAGUUUACACGCUAGCGGUGAUAACUCUCGAACGGAACUACGCCAUCACCCAUGCCAUGCACCUCAACAAAAGGCUUUCGUUGAAGCACGCUGGCUACAUAAUGCUGGCCGGCUGGACCUUUUCCCUCUCCAUGGCCAUUCUUCCUCUUGUCGGUGGCAUCUCCGAUUACCGCAAAUUUGCAGUGUGUCUUCCCUUCGAGACCACUGGAACUGCUUCCUUGGCCUAUGUCGUAUUUUUGAUGUUCAUCAACGGAGUUGCUUUUCUCAUCCUGAUGGGCUGCUACCUGAAGAUGUACUGUGCCAUCCGUGGCUCUCAGGCUUGGAACUCUAAUGACUCACGCAUUGCAAAAAGAAUGGCCCUUCUCGUCUUCACUGACUUCAUUUGCUGGUCACCCAUUGCAUUCUUUUCACUGACAGCAGCUUUUGGUCUUCAACUCAUCUCUCUCGAGCAGGCCAAAGUCUUCACCGUGUUCAUCCUUCCGCUGAACUCCUGCUGCAAUCCCUUCCUCUAUGCCAUUCUAACAAAGCAAUUCAAGAAGGACUGCGUCCUCAUCUGCAAGGCCAUUGAAGAAUCUCGUGUGACCAGGGGCAUUGGCCGCUGCCGCCACAGCUCCAACUUCAGCAACAGGCAGACUCCAGCCAACACCAACAGCCUUGUUGAUCGCUCUUCUCGAGAACAUGCUCCUUGCGCCUGCUCUGCCAUGAACAUUGCAUCACCUACGGUCAAGCUGCUUGCACAAAAUCCACGAAUGCAGCGCAUUGAACUGGCCUCACCGAACAGAAACUCGCCAACUAGGAUAUGGAUCAUGGACAAGGUGUCUUGGCUGCUUUGCCACAAAGAUGCUCCUUUGGAACGGAACGACCAAUAUGCAUACCAGAUAGCAGAAAUUCAACAGAAGCAACACAAGCGUGCGUCCUCUGUCUCAAGCGAGAACUUCAGCUCGUCAAGGUCUGACUCUUGGAGAAACGCACACCACAGAUGCGGCAUUCCCUUGCGACUUCUAGAUCCAAAGCGCAGAUCAUCAUGGGCUGUCACAAGAAAAACAUCACAAGAGUCGAACCUGUCCAGCUCUCGAAAUGAUUCAGCCACAUCAGCAUCAACCUCAACGUGGCGCAUGUCCCGCUCCUCUGCCUCAGGCAGCGAGUCGUAUGUUGUGCCAAAAGCUCGCGCGUCAGUCCCAGCAGCUGCCCAUCCGUCCCCACUGCAGCCGCUGCUGCCACCGUCGAGCGGCGCCGAGCCAGUGGUCGUGCCAGCCAAGACGAAGCCUCGACUCACAAGGCAAAGCGCCGUUUCACAUUCAGAACUGUGCGACGAGACCGGCGGGUCCUCGAGGGGUCUCUUGGUGCGCCACUUGGCCACAAUACCUUCAGCCGCCGAGAGCACGGAGAUCGGUGUUGGCGCUGACCUUGUCAGUGGCGCCUCUACCUCAACAAACAGUCAGCUGGAGCCUAGUCACAAAGAUUCAAUUAACGACGACAGCAUUGCUUAGGUUAUUUAUUUAUGCCAAGCCAAGAUUUGCUUGACAGCUGCAAUUGUUGCUUUCACCUGGUUGAUUGAAAUGAUAGAGGGGCGAGAAAGAACAAAAUGUUUAUCGGGAGGUUGAGGCAGAUUAAUUGUGUUACUACAAUUGCGCACUUCAUGUAAUAUCCAUGGCACUUAGGAAGGUUGCUGUAUGGCAAGACUACAAUGCUGCGAGGUCGCUCUUUCAUCCCUGGUAAUGAAAUGCCUGAAAUGAAGUUCAUUUGCUUUUUGACGGACCAGUUGGUCAAGCCAUAUUGAUUUUUUAUUACAUACGUCUUUGCUUUAAUAAGUGAUAGUUUCAGCCAAUAUUUUUACUGAUUGUUGAACAACUCACAGACUGCUGUAUUUGCCAUAUUUUACUAUUCCACUUGAAUUUUGUUUAACAGAGCUCAUUGAUAACUGCGUGCAUUAUUUCUAAUUAAAAACAGUUUUGGGCAUUUUCAAUCAUCAGGGAGAGUUAAUGUGGGUCACCAAAAUGACAUUUUUGGAAUGUGAUGUAAGGAAUUAAACAAUUAUAAAAGGUGCCAAUAUGCUUAAUGAUAAAAAAAAACAGCUAGUUUGUAUCAAGUGGUGGUUUCUAUCUGUUCAUCCUUGUGGCCAUAGAUAUUAUAUGCUUGUAUACAACUUAUUUAACUUCAUUUGUUCAGACUUGUAUUAUAAUUUAAACAAAUUUAAUUUGGCUAUUCAAAUGAAAGGUUUCAAAGAAAUCUUCAAAAAUUUGCUUAUUUUGUUUUGACCUUCUGUGAAGUGGUGUCCUAAAUGACAUUUCUAACUUAUAUUCCCUAUUUAUAAAUCCCUUUUUAACCAAUUUGUUAAUACUUUUUUGUGCCGUGAUGAUAAAUAUGAUGUAAUUAAUUAUUACAAAUGCCAUUAUAUGUAUUUAGAGAGAGAGAAAGCAAGCUUAAAUGCUCUGCCUAACGGUUUUAACUGAAAUGAACAGGAUAACGUCCAAAUUAGACAAUGAAAUUUUAGAGCAAAUAUUAUACUGACGACACAAUUAAGUGUGUGCUAUUUUGGCGGUGAAGCGUAAAACCAGUGAAUAAGUUAUAGAAAUCUGUAGCAGCUUUCAAUCGUAGUUUGUCAUAACAAAUUUUAACCAAAAUCUGUAAAAGGGGUGCAAAACGUUUUUUUGUAAGAUUACUCUAUUGUCUGGACCAGGGCAGCCGUUGUUGUAUUAUUGUUCCGUUAAAGCUCGUAGGGAUUGGCUCAAUUUUGACACUAGAUGACAAGUUGAAUACAAAUAAAAUCCCCUGGCUCAUGAAAUAUUAAACAAUAUGUGGCGCAAUAGGAUAGGCGAACAGGUCCAGACUGAUGAUAUAAAUUGUUCGCCAUACAUGAGCUGAACAUUUGGCAGCAUUUGAUGGCAGUGCUGGGCAGCAUUUUGAUCAAGUAGAAAUUGGUGUUUGUGUAUUUUGUUGCAAACAUAUAAUGCUAUUAUUAUAUGCUUACAAAUAACGAAAUCACAAAAAUAUUGAAUACCAAGCAAAAAAAAUGACAAAUCGCCCAUUUAGCAAUCAGUUUUUUGUGAUCAAUAAUGUAUAUUGUGUCAAGAUCAUGUUCAGUUGCUUAAAUAUUGUGCUUUUUCAUGUUUAGAAAUUACUUAGUUUCAGUCUGGUCCUGUUCUUUUUGUGGGCAGAAACAAAAUGUACAAGAAAAGUGUUAAUCAUGCGUCCUUCUUAACUAAGUAAGGCCUUAUUUAUUGCUGUUUUAACAAUAUAUAUUCUAAUGUUAUAAAGUAUAUAUUAUGAAAUAUGUGAUGCUGACAUCUAGCAAAUUCUUUUCUGAAAGUUUACAAAACUUCUUACUUCUUAAUCCACACUCAAAGCGCAACGGUCACAAUUUUUUUUAAAAUUUUUUGAAGAUUGAAUUUUGAAUUUCUGGCAAUGAUCCCUUUAUGAAAAUGUGCAAAGGACGCUUUGCAGUCUUGUUAUUUGAUUGCAAGCGCGCAUCCCCUAAUAGCACAAAAUACUAACUUAAUUUGAUGGUUUUUCAAGUUUGUGAUAAUUUUGUCGCACAUCUUAAAAUUCUAUUGAGCAUUCUUUACACUACUGAUGUGCUUUGCAGUUUUCAUUAUAUAUAUUAAAAAAUACAAUUACAAUGUUCGGGAUAUUAAAAUUUCAUUACAAACGCUUCAUACCAUAAUGCCGUUGAUUUGGUCACGUGUCACACAAUUCAAUCGAUGAUAAACUUUUGCAUUGAAAUAGCUGGACUAGUUGAGAUUAAUUGCAGUAGGCUGUCAUUGUCAGCAAGUAGGAAAAAAUUUUGGGCCUAUUCCCAAGGAUAUUAAUUAUACUAUAAAAAAAAUGUGUAUGUUCAUAUAUAUACAUAAUAUUUAUUAAUGUUCUAUUUAUGAAACUAGCAAGAGCAGGCCGUGACAUGAAUAAAAAAAAAUGCCUAAAUUUCUCUCUUGCCAAUAAAGGCUGAUAAAAUAUUGAUUGAGAGCCACAAUAAUAAUUUCGAUUCGCACUUGUCUGCAAUUUUUAUGCUGUGUAUGUGCAUUUUGAUGAAAAUAUAUAUAGAACGUACUACUACACAGGAGCGAAGAAAUAUUUAAGGGAGUUGCACUGCAUUUAAAAGAAACCCAAUUGGACGAUUAUUUUACUUUCCUGAUGUGUUUGUAACUUUUUGAUUCUCCCUUUUAGUGGUAUUUUGUUUGUAUCUUUUCACGUUCGGAUUUAUUUGAACUUAUUGUAAUCUUUAUGACAUUAUUGAUUAUUUGUAAAAUUACCACAUUCUUGUAUUGUCUGAAUUAUGUGAGGUAACGUUUAAAAUUCACAAAUGCCAAUUACAUACAUGUUCCCAUAACUAUAGUGCUGCAGUGUUUUUAGCGUUUAGUUAAAUUAAAAAUGGAUAAAAUAGCAAGUAGCUGCGCUAAAAUGUAUUUAUCUACUAAAAUUAUUAAAGUUUUGUUGCAGAA